UACAGAGAACUUCUAGUGCAGUCCAGCAGUCAGGCACAGCUCAGACGCUCUGGUCUCCUCUCCAAGUCAACCUCGUCUUUCAGUUUCUUUUGGAGAACCUUGCUCAACACCUUCUAAGCCACCAUGGAUGCCAUCAAGAAGAAGAUGCAGAUGCUGAAGCUCGACAAGGAAAAUGCCUUGGACAGAGCUGAGCAAGCUGAAGCCGACAAGAAGGGAGCAGAGGACAGAAGCAAACAGCUCGAGGAUGAGUUAGUAGCACUGCAGAAGAAACUGAAGGGUACUGAGGAUGAGCUGGACAAAUACUCUGAGGCCUUGAAAGAUGCUCAGGAGAAGCUGGAACUUGCUGAGAAGAAAGCCACUGAUGCUGAAGCUGAAGUGGCCUCCCUGAACAGGCGUAUCCAGCUGGUUGAGGAAGAGUUGGACCGUGCUCAGGAGCGUCUGGCCACAGCCCUGCAGAAGUUGGAAGAGGCAGAGAAAGCUGCAGAUGAGAGCGAGAGAGGCAUGAAAGUUAUUGAGAACAGGGCACAGAAAGAUGAGGAAAAGAUGGAAAUCCAAGAGAUCCAGCUUAAAGAGGCCAAGCACAUUGCUGAAGAUGCUGACCGCAAGUAUGAGGAGGUCGCCCGUAAGCUGGUAAUUAUUGAAAGUGACUUGGAACGUGCAGAAGAACGUGCUGAACUUGCAGAAAGCAAAUGUGCUGAGCUGGAAGAAGAGUUGAAAACUGUGACCAACAACCUGAAGUCUCUGGAAGCUCAGGCUGAGAAGUACUCUCUGAAGGAAGACAAGUAUGAAGAGGAAAUCAAAGUCCUCACAGACAAACUGAAGGAGGCUGAGACACGCGCUGAAUUCGCAGAGAGGACAGUCACUAAGCUUGAGAAGACCAUUGAUGACUUGGAAGAACAAUUGGCAAAAGCAAAGGAAGAGAACCUCACUAUGACACAGAUGAUGGACCAGACAUUACAAGAGUUGAACAACUUGUGAAACCUGCCUUUUUUAUCUAAUGAUCUCACACCAGCUUGACAAAGUAAUCCCAUAUCAAUAAUGCAUUGAUUGUCACAUGGAAAGAAAUACUGAAAUAUUGGACUUCCUGUGAGUCAUAUAUGGAUAACAUUAACAUGGUACGCAAAUUGGGAAUCUCAGGCAUACGACAUUUAAGGUUUAUUCAAAUCAGUUUAUAUUUUUAACUAAAAGGAACUUAAUUAUGCUUAACUUUUAAUUUGAUUAUCAUGAUAAAAAGAUUAACUAGAAAAGAUGAGAAAGCCUUAAUUUGAAAAUAUUUUUCUCAUGUAUUAAUGUGUCAAAAAUAUGAUACAGACUACUAAAAAGAAAACAAUCCUGUUUAUCCAGGUGCAUAACUUCACGUUCCAACAACUACUACUAAUAAUUGAUAAGUAAAAGAAAAAGAUAACUAAAAGUCUUAAUUACACAUGUAAAAUGUGCACUAUACCCAUAUAUGGGUUUAAAGAUAAAUUGUGUUACAUCAGAAUUUGUUAAAAAUUAUUUCAAGUCUUAUUUAAGUCUUACUAUGUAAUAGCUGAGAUAAAAAAACACUUAAUAGAAACUGAUCAGUUGUUGCCAGUGCAUUAUUACUGAAGUAAAGGUAUUGCCAUCAGUUCUAAAAGUCAAAGUGUUCCAAAUUAUCUGGUAAUGAAAAAUGCCUUCCCCCGAAGAAAUGUGAUGAACUGUGAACAAAGACACUCCACAGACACUGAACUUACCAGACAGUUUGAAAAGAUGGGAAAUAAUCAGGCAGUUAAAACUUUACAUGGUAUAUGAAAUACCUAGAAUAAAAAAAUACUACUACUGUGUGGAAUUAUUUACAAAAAGAUUAUGGUGAUAUAGGUUUAAUUUGUUACCAAUCCAAUAAAUGCACUUGCAUGUAAUACCAAAUAAAAUGAAGUAUAGUUGCAACUUAAAUUGUACAUCUCUGGUUGCUACACAAGUCCCGGGCACGACUGACUUAAGGAAACAGAAGUUCCACUCCAUACCUUUCCAUUGCAGAGGUCUGUAAAAAUGUUCAAAAGAAAUUGGUGAAUAUUCUCCACAGUUAUUGAUUUUGGAUGUGCUCAAAAUAAAAAUAAUAUUAAAGUGA